UGUGAAAAACACUUCAUUCAUUAAACAUGUUAAAAAAUACACAUUGAACCAAUUUUUUUGAUGUAUUCACAAUUCAUUUUUAUUAAACAUCUUUUAAUAAACAAUACAGAAAUGAUACAUACUGGUAUUGGCGAGACUCAGCUCAAAAACUUUUUGUCAUCACUUAAUGUCCAUUGCAUAGAUGCAAAGACCUUGAAAAUUAGAGAAAAUGAAGCCGGCAGUGUUCUUGAUAAUCAGGCCAUCAUGUCACAACAAAGACACUUGCAAAGGGAAAUAUUGAAUUCCACAACAGAAGAUCAAACAGACAGUAGAAGUGGAAUAUGCAUAAGUACUGAUACAUGCUGGCAGAAAAAAGGAUCUGGCCGAUCGUACUACAGCUUAUCAGAAGUUUCAACACUGAUUGGAAAAACCACAGGCAAAGUUGUAAACCAUAAGGUUCGCAUAUCAAGCUGUAGAAUUUGUGAAAGGGCAAAGGGCAGAGGUGUCUUACCACGACAACAUAAGUGUAGAAAGAAUUGGAGUGGUUCGGCAAAGGGUAUGGAACCAGAUAUGGAAGUCGAAAUGUUAAAGGAAUUAGAUGAAAAAGGAGUGGAUAUAUUAGAAGUAGUAGGAGAUGAUGAUUCCACAGGUUUUGACUGAGCCAAGCGAUUAAUAAUGCCCAAUUCAAAAAUGGAAAAAAUAAGUGAUAGAAAUCAUAUCAAACAUAACAUUAUUUCAAAGAUAAAUGAACUAAAGC